AAUGAUCUUAUAUUCAGGUAUGGGGAUGAUGACGGGCCAAGGAGCAGAUUUCAUAGUCUACUACAUGAAGCAAAAGCCAUGUUCACAAGCUUCUUCUUUACUGAUUAUUUUACAUCUAUUGGCUGGCUUGAUAAGUUAACUGGACAGUUCUCUAGACUUGAAAGGACUUUUAAGGAAUUGGAUGCUAUUUAUGAAGAAAUCAUUAAUGACCAUCUUGACCCUAACAAGUCUAACUCAGAGAGGGAGGAUAUCAUUGACGUUCUACUCAAACUUAAACAACAGCCAUCUUCUGACCUCACUUUGGAGCACAUCAAAGCAGUUUUGAUGGAUAUAUUUCUUGCAGGAACAGAUACAACUUCAACAAUGGUAGUUUGGACAAUGACAGAGCUAAUAAAGCACCCGAACAUUAUGAAAAGAGUGCAAGAAGAGCUUAGAAAAGCUGUACAAAACAAGGAAUACAUUAAUAACAAUGAUCUUAAGGAGCUUGAAUACUUCAAAGCAGUGGUAAAGGAAACCUUUAGGCUACACCCUGCAACACCAUUAUUAAUUGUGCGUGAAACAAUCCGUAAAAGUACCAUUGAAGGGUAUGAUAUUCUACCUAAAACGUUGGUGUAUGUAAAUGUAUGGGCUAUUGGAAGAGAUCCUAAUUCUUGGAAAGACCCAGAAAAUUUCAUGCCAGAAAGAUUUUUGGGAAGUUCAAUAGACUUUAAAGGAAACGACUUUGAACUGAUUCCUUUUGGAGCGGGAAGAAGGAUAUGUCCCGGCAUGAAUCUUGGGGUUGCUAGUUAUGAACUUGCACUCGCCAAUUUGUUGUACUAUUUUGACUGGGAAUUACCAAGUGGUUUAAAGAAGGAAGACAUUGACAUUGAUACACUUCCGGGAAUCACUAUGCAUAAGAAAAAUCCACUUUGCUUUUUGGCCAAAAAAAUAAAUAUAUAA